AUGACGGAGCGCAAGAAACUCGGGUACGAGUCAGCCGAUGCCUUGAUGGCUGAAGGCCCUCAAGCUUUGAACGAACACAUUGCCGAGAAGAUCGAGAAAGCACUCGGUCAUGAGAUCCCUCAAAUGGACGUGCGUUUCCGCAAUUUGUCUGUCUCUGCGGACAUUGUCGUGGUGGAAGAUUCCGGUGCCAAGUACGAACUACCGACGAUCCCCAAUACGAUGAAGAAGGCCUUCGUGGGACCUAAAAAGCGCGUGGUACGCAAGGAAAUCCUCAAAGACAUCAGCGGUGUCUUCGCUCCGGGCAAGAUCACGCUGCUACUGGGUCAGCCUGGUUCCGGCAAGUCGUCUCUCAUGAAAAUGUUGAGCGGGAGAUUCCCCAUUGAGAAGAAUAUCACGGUGGAAGGCAGCAUUUCGUUCAAUAACGUCCAACGCGAAGAGAUCAUCCAGCGGUUGCCUCAGUUCGUGUCAUACGUGAACCAGCGCGACAAGCACUUCCCCAUGUUAACCGUCAAGGAGACGCUGGAGUUCGCUCACAAGUUUUGUGGCAGUACCUUGUCGAAGCACAACGAAGAUUUGUUGAAGAAUGGCUCGACACAGGAGAAUCAGGAAGCUCUCGAAGCAGCAAAGGCUCUGUUUGCGCACUACCCGGAUGUUAUCCUUCAGCAACUUGGACUGAAGAACUGCCAGGACACUAUCGUUGGUGACGCCAUGACUCGAGGUAUCUCUGGUGGUGAGCGCAAGCGUGUCACGACUGGUGAGAUGGAAUUCGGCAUGAAAUAUGUGUCGCUCAUGGACGAGAUCAGCACGGGUCUUGACAGUGCAGCUACGUACGAUAUCAUCAGCACGCAGCGCAGUAUCGCGCACAAGCUGCACAAGAAUAUUGUCAUCGCACUGCUCCAGCCUUCCCCGGAGGUGUUUUCGUUGUUCGACGAUGUGAUGAUUCUGAACGAGGGCCAACUCAUGUACCAUGGUCCGUGCAGCCAAGUCGAGGGUUACUUCGAAGGACUGGGCUUUCAAUGUCCUCCUGGACGCGAUAUUGCCGACUAUCUCUUGGAUUUAGGCACGUCCGAGCAGUAUCGCUACCAGGUUCAACAACCCAAGAAACAGCCUCGUACAGCUAGUGAGUUUGCGGAAGCCUUCCGCCGAUCUCCUAUUCACCAGAACAUGCUUCAUCUCUUGGAAGCUCCACACGACCAGGAGCUACUGCGUUGUGCGAACGAAAACAUGAAAGCGAUGCCAAUGUUCAGUCAGUCGUUCGUCGAAAGCACCUUGACGUUGCUCAGACGCCAGGCUAUGGUCUUGUACCGGAACAAGCCAUUCAUCCUGGGUAGAGUCCUCAUGAUCACAGUCAUGGGGUUGCUGUACUGCACAAUCUUCUACGACUUCGACCCCACGCAGGUCUCAGUGGUGCUAGGCGUUGUGUUCUCCUCCGUCAUGUUCGUGUCCAUGGGUCAGUCGUCCCAGAUCGCAACGUACAUGGCCGACCGCGAGAUCUUCUACAAGCAGCGAGGAGCCAACUUCUUCCGCACUGCCUCGUACGUUCUUGCCAACUCGGCUAGUCAAAUUCCACUGGUUGUAGCCGAGACGAUCAUCUUCGGAGCUCUCGUCUACUUCCUGUGUGGCUUUGAAGCCGAAUUUUCCCUGUUCCUCAUCUUUGAGAUCGUUCUCUUCUUCACGAACUUGGCUAUGGGAAUGUGGUUCUUCUUCCUGAGUUCGGUUGGCCCCAACGCGAACAUCGUCACUCCGUUGGGCAUGUGUUCCAUCUUGGUCUUCGUUAUCUUCGCAGGCUUCAUCGUUACUACGGAUCAGAUCCCGGACUACUUGAUCUGGGCUCACUGGAUCAGUCCCAUGAGCUGGAGUGUCAAGGCGUUGUCUAUCAACCAAUAUCGCUCGAGUGGCAUGGACGUGUGUGUCUACGACGGCGUGGAUUACUGUGCGAAGUACGGAAUGACAAUGGGCAAGUACUAUUUGGACUUGUUUGGUCUUGACACGGAAAAAUCGUGGGUCGUUUACGGCAUUAUCUACAUGGCUGCUAUCUACGUGGUGUUCAUGAUCUUGUCGGGUCUUGCACUCGAAUAUCUCCGCUAUGAGACUCCUGAGAACGUGGAUGUGUCGGAGAAAAUCAUCGAGGAUGAAUCCUACACGAUGAUGGAGACGCCCAAGAACAACGGAGCAGCAGGGACUGAUGACUGUGUCGUGGACUUCCAGCCAGACGCUCAUGAGAAGAACUUCAUCCCAGUGACCAUGGCUUUCCAAGAUCUUCACUACUUUGUGCCCGAUCCGCACAACCCCAAGGAAUCCCUCGAGUUACUUAAGGGCAUCAACGGUUUUGCUGUCCCUGGAUCGAUCACUGCUCUCAUGGGCUCUUCAGGUGCAGGCAAGACGACGCUGAUGGACGUGAUCGCUGGACGUAAGACUGGAGGCAAAAUCACUGGCAAGAUCUUGCUGAACGGCUACGAAGCGAACGACCUUGCUAUCCGCCGGUGCACGGGCUAUUGUGAGCAGAUGGACGUGCACUCAGAGGCUGCUACGAUUCGUGAAGCGUUGACGUUCAGCUCGUUCCUCCGCCAAGACGCCUCGAUCCCGGAUGAAAAGAAGUACGACUCGGUCAACGAAUGUAUUGAACUGUUGGGUUUGGAGGACAUCGCUGACCAGAUCAUUCGCGGCAGCUCAGUCGAACAGAUGAAGCGCUUGACCAUCGGCGUGGAACUCGCUGCUCAGCCGAGUGUUAUUUUCCUGGACGAACCUACAAGUGGUCUGGAUGCGCGCUCGGCUAAGUUGAUUAUGGACGGUGUUCGCAAGGUUGCUGACUCAGGACGUACGAUCAUCUGCACGAUCCACCAGCCCUCGGCGGAGGUGUUCUACUUGUUCGAUAGUCUUUUGUUGCUGAAGCGUGGAGGCGAGACGGUGUUUUACGGUGAGUUAGGCAGAGAUUGCUGUAACUUGAUCGAGUACUUCGAGAGUAUCCCAGGCGUGGCUUCACUGCCGCUUGGCUAUAAUCCUGCGACGUGGAUGUUGGAGUGCAUUGGUGCCGGUGUGAACAAUUCGGUGGGUAACCAGACGGAUUUCGUGAGCUACUUCAACAACAGUCCACUCAGUGAGGCUCUACACAACAACCUUGCUAAGGAAGGUAUCACAACGCCCUCCCCGGACCUUCCAGAGAUGAUCUUCGCUGAUAAACGUGCUGCCAAUUCGACGACGCAGAUGAAGUUCGUCGUGACCAGAUUCAUCCAGAUGUACUGGCGCACACCAAGCUACAAUCUCACGCGUAUGAUCCUUGCUGUGUUCCUCGCACUUGUCAUUGGUCUCGUGUUUAUUGACGCUGACUACGCGUCCUACACGGGCCUCAAUUCUGGAGUCGGAAUGGUGUAUAUGGCUGCUCUCUUCCAAGCAAUGAUGACUUUCCAGAGCAUCCUGCCUCUUGCCUGUUCCGAGCGUGCCUCGUACUACCGGGAACGCGCGUCGCAGACGUACAAUGCAUUGUGGUAUUUUGUGGGCUCGACACUGGCUGAAAUCCCUUACUGCUUUUGCAGCGGCCUCCUCUUCACGAUUGUGUUUUACCCGAUGGUGGGCUUCACGGGUUUCUGGACUGGAGUCGUGUUCUGGCUGACGAUCUCGCUCCUGAUUCUCAUGCAAGUGUACCAGGGGAUGAUGUUCGCCUUCUUGAUGCCGUCGGAGGAGACAGCGUCAAUCUUCGGACUGCUCUUCAAUACAGUCACCAUGAUGGGUAUGGGCUACAGUCCUCCGGCCUAUUCGAUCCCGUCCGGCUACACAUGGCUGUACAAAACCUCCCCCUUGCGAUUCCCCCUCUCGAUUUUGGAGGCUCUGGUGUUUGCGGACUGUGAUGAGCUUCCGACGUGGAACGAGACUACCCAGUCGUACGAGAACGUUGGCUCGAAAAUCGGAUGCCAGCCGAUGGCGGAUUCCCCCGUGACUGUGGGCCACAUUACCAUCAAGGAGUACACGGAGCAGUACUUCGGCUACGAGCACGACUCAAUCACGCACUUCUUCUUCAUCCUGAUCGGUUGUAUCGUUCUCUACCGCGUCGUCGGGCUGAUUGCUCUGCGUUACCUCAACCACCAGAAGCGUUAG